AUGAAUUUCAUGGAAUUUCCUCUUUACUUCAAUCAACAACCCCAAAAACACGGGGAAUACAAUCUUUACGAGUCGAUCCAAUGUUUGCCUCUUCUCAGCAGGCUAACAGAGAGGAAAGAAGUGAAGGAAGAGGAAAAAGACGAGGGACAAGGAGAAAACGACAAGGCCGAGAAUGUGGCUGUGGCUUUGCACAUAGGGUUGCCGGAUAUAGGAGAUAUCGAAACGGAUCGUGAUCGUCAAAAGCAUUAUCAUGAGCCGGAGGGAAAAGGAGAUGAUGUUAUGAACACAAAAGGUUCUUCUAAUGAAUGCAGUUAUAGUAAGGAGAGGAGGUUUUGGAUCCCAACACCAGCUCAGAUUCUUGUCGGGCCUAUGCAGUUUUCUUGCGACAUAUGUAACAAGACCUUCAAUAGGUACAAUAACAUGCAGAUGCACAUGUGGGGCCACGGGUCGGAGUUCCGGAAGGGUCCGGAGUCGCUGAGGGGUAGCCAGCCGGCGGCCAUGCUGCGUCUGCCGUGCUACUGUUGCGCCCAGGGCUGCAAGAACAAUAUAAACAACCCGCGGGCGCGCCCACUCAAGGACUUCCGAACCCUCCAAACCCACUACAAGCGCAAGCACGGGGCCCGACCCUUUGCCUGCCGCCGCAAGUCGUGUGGAAAGACCUUUGCAGUGAAAGGCGACUGGCGUACCCACGAGAAGAACUGUGGGAAGCUGUGGUUCUGCACCUGCGGCUCUGACUUCAAGCACAAGCGCUCUCUCAAGGACCACGUCCGCUCCUUCGGGAAUGGCCACUCUCCCCAUCCUUCCCUCAAGGACGAGAGAGAUUGUUCCAUCACACCCGCCUCUGAUGACGAGCCUUGA